UUGGAGAAUUACCUAUGUUACAACUUAAUUUGAAUAAAUCUGUGUAUAGGUAUUAUAUUUCGUUUAUCAAAUUGCAACACUUAAUUUUAAAAAAACAACUAAUAAUCUAUAGAUUUAACUGUUUACUGUCUGAUAAUUGCUCAUGCAUAGGCAUUCAAAGUGUAGCUUCAAUAUACCUGAGUAUUAUAACUGAUGAAAAAUUUUACUGGUUAUAUAACUGUAAUAACUCGAAAACAUUUAUAUUUUUUCAAAAAUAUUCCUAAAGCUAUAUAAUCCUGAGUCCUUCCUUAUUAUUUUUUAAAGACAAUUUAUUUUUAUCUUGUAUAUUCAAUAUUUAGCUAUGAUAUAGAAAUUUGUGGUGGAACAUAUAAUGCUCAUCUUGUAAACUUACAGAUAGCAGAUUAAUAAAUAUAAUCUUACACAUCCCAGUUUAUAUCCUACAGUAAAAUUGUUUACUGAUUUAAGAGGAUGUUACACCGACAUUUGUUGUCUCCCUCUUACAAGUGCGUAUCAUAGCAAGUUGUAUGCUCAGUAGGACACGUUUAGCUCCGUUGGCUUAAAAAUUAGAUCGAAUUGACCUCUUAUAAAAUUUAAAGGUAAGAUUAUUAUGUAAGCAAUCUCAUGAUCUUUUUAUUAUAUUUUAAUUUUAAAGAUAGGUAAUGAGUAUAUUAAAGUUGUAAAUUGUUUGUAUAUCUUAAAAUAAUCAUACUCACUUUACAGUUAAAAUAUAACAAAAAGCAGAUGAGAUUGCCUAAAUAAUAUUCUUACCUUUAAAUCUUAUUUAUGGUCAAUCAUUCUAAUUUUUAAACUAACAGAGCUACACGUGUUCUACUUGCUGAAACUACAAUUUGCUUUGUAACAAAUAUUGGUGUAACGUCCUCUUAAAAAUAUUUAAUUUAAAAGCGCUUUACUAUAAGAAUGUUUUACUAUAAUAUGUCUCUAUUUGUUUUAAAUUGAUUUAGAUAUGAGUAUCGAUUCUUAAACCUCACAAUGCUAGAUUAAAUAAAAACCUUGAGUAAUUUAAAAUGUAUAAACGUAAACAAACAUUUUGGACAAUUUAAUACAGUUAAUGUAGGAAUAGACUUAUGUAAGAAACUAAAUAUUGACAUAACCAAUGCAGGGCUGGAUUUAGGGGAGGGCUGAGUGGGCUGCAACCCAGGGGCCCCCACAAAUUCGGGGCCCCCACAAUUUUAUGAUAUUUAAAUUAGAAUACAGAAAAAAUAUUUUAUUUAUAUUUACACAUAUUUAAUUAAAUAAUAUUGAACUUUUUUUGGACAUUUAAAAAUUUUUAUUUUACCAACUAAUAAUAGAUAUUGUAUUUAUUUACGUUUAUUGACUAUCUGUCUGUAGAUAAAUUAUCGUUAUUUGUUCGUUGCAUUUAUUGCAUGUCAGACGUCAGUUAACAAUAGUUGCAUACAUAAUAGAUAAUAGUUACAGACUUUAUUUGUUUCUUAUAUCAACCAGUGAAUAGUGUUAAAAUUUAAAAAUGGAAGGAGAUCGUCAUAAAUUAAAGCGAGUUUAUAUGAGUGGUGCAGAUAAACGAAAAUUAGCAAAAGAAAAAGAUAAAAAAAAUACGGAAAUAAUUUCCAAAACUAGGCGAAUGACAGAGUUUUUCAUAACACAGCCCAACACAACUUCUUCUUCUGAGUCAUAUCAAAUUGCUCUACCGCCUCAACUAAUAACUAUCGCCGAAAACCCUUCACCUCAAAAUAUUGUUGAAGAAACAAAUGAAAGCUUAAAUUUAGAUAUAGGAUUAUGGCCUGAAAAUAUGACAGGAUUAAUAGAUUAUUGGGCAAAAGAAGGAAGUUCAAAUUUACAAAAUUGUAAUGAACAAUUAUUUAUACAAAAAUCAAAAAUACAGUUUGAUGUGAAGUUUACUCGUAAAUGUAAUAAAUCAUUGUUUGAGCAAAAAACUCUCAAUCAACUAGCAAUAAUGAGCUCUGAGUCUGAUAUUUUAAGAAAACUUGAUUUUCAAAACAUUAUUGAUAAGUUUGUACAAAUAAAAUUAAGAAAAGUUCCAGGCAUUUAAUUUUAAUUACUUGACAUUAUUAUUUUUAUUUAUUAUUUUUCAUUUAAUUACUUACACUUAAUAUUAUGAUAAUAUUACUUAAUAUACUAGUUAUACUCGAUUUGAUUGUUUUUAUAAUUAUUUAUUAUUAAAUAGUACUUAAUUGUUACUACUACUAAACAUAAUAAUAAAUAUUAUUUAAUAAGUAAAAAAAUAUAUUUCCUUGUUUAUGUAUAAGGGGCCCCCACAAUAUAUUCUGCCCAAGGGCCACCACAUACCUAAAUCCGCCCCUGAUUACCAAAUUUAAAACAAAAUACUUGUUAAUUAGUUACUUACCUACUUCAGAUCUAUACAAUGUUAAUUUUUAAAAAUCAUUCAAUUUGGUAAUACUGUUAUCGGUAUAUAAAAAAAAAUUUAUGUUAUUUUAUGAGAUGUUAAUUUCAAGUACAAAGCAUGGUAUUAAAAUAGGUAUUAUAUUGUAUUUGUUUCUUAUUUGUUAAUCACUAUAAACUUAAGUUAACCUUUUUAAACUCACCCACCCUAGAACAAGCCUUGCUUAUUUUUUUUUUUUUUUUUGGGGGGGGGGUUGUCAUAAUUGUUUCUGUAUUUUUAUAACUAUUUUAAUAAUAAUAAUAUUGUUUAUUACGGAAAAAAUUCCAAUUACAUUUUAAAUAUAAGAUAGUUAGGUACUUGAGUAUUAAAGGGAAAAAGAGAGAGAGAGAGGAAAAAAAAUACAUUUAUAUAUAAAUCAAGUUGUGUGUGUAGUGUACAAGCCUUUAUAAUGUAAUAGACCUUAUUUGUUGAUUUUGUAUGAUUAUUUUAU